CUUGUCAUUUUGUUUCCACAGCUCAUAGGAAUUAUUUUCCUCCCGGAACCUUUUCAGGGUGACAAUGUGAGGAUUAAUGGCUGCUCUUAGUGUACGGAUCUGGUUGUAUUGUUUACAUACUGAAUUGUUUUCCGUUUUGGUAAUUCAAGAUGACACAUUGAUCAACGUUUGCUGGGCUAACCUAAGCGCAGCUUUCACCUCUGGGAGUAUUCCUGCAACUUUGGACCUCGAGAAAAUGACAGGAUAUGCAAUAGCGUCCGAUUGAGCUGCGACAAGAAAAGGCUUUGAAGUGAAAGAUGUUCAGCGCGGCUCAGACCUCCAAAUCCCAGUUCCUGGACAAAGCCAGGCAGGCCCGUGAGGAGAGGAAGGGGCAUAAGGAGCGUGAGAGAGCUGCCACCCAGAUCCAGGCACUGGUCAGGAGGUUCCUGUGUCGCUGCAGACUGCAGAGGCAAAUAAGGAAAGAGGUGGAUGACUUCUUUCAAGCUUGCGAUGCUGGAACAGCAAAAAGAAAUGCUCUUUCUAUUUUUAAAAUCGCAAGAAAGUUAUUAUUCAUAUUCAGUAAAGAGGACAAGUUGAGGUUUGAGAAGCUGUGUCGUUUCAUACUUGCCAGCAUGGAAGUGGAAAAUGAACCCAAAGUAUGGUAUGUUUCCUUGGCCCUUUCAAAAGACCUCACCAUCCCCUGGAUCAAACAAAUUAAAGAUCUGCUGUGGGUGUCCUGCGAGUUCCUGAAAAAAUUAAAGCCUGACAUACUGCAGGAUAAUAAAUUGGUGACCCUUUACCUUACCAUGCUGGUGACUUUCACAGACACCACAACAUGGAAGAUAGUGCGAGGGAAGGGAGAGGCCCUCAGGCCUGCAUUGAACCGAAUCUGUGAGAAUAUCAUGGGCCAUCUCAAUCAAAAGGGAUUUUACACUAUUCUGCAGAUUUUGUUGACAAAUGGAUUGGCACGGUCUAGACCCUCUUUGUCAAAAGGCACCCUCACAGCAAUAUUCACGCUUUCAUUAAGGCCUGUAGUUGCUGCUCAUUUCUCGGACAACCUCCUGAGAUCCUUCCUCAUUCACAUCAUGUCUGUCCCGGCUGUCAUUUCCCACCUGAGCACCCUCACACCUGAGUGCAUGACCACCAUCCAGACCCACGACCUGCUCCGGAAGUUCAUUCUGUUUCUGAGCCGGGAGGAGCAGUGUGUGGACAUCUGCAUCUGCCUGGAGGGGAGCCACACGCUGUGCUUGCUGGGUAACCUGAUUCACUUGGGCUACCUUACUGAGAAGGUGCUUGAGGAGGAGGCCAACCACUUUGUGAAGGACUUGACGGACAUGCUGUCUUACUGCCAGAGAUAUGUGUCUCAGAAGAAGUCCAACCUCACCCACUGGCACCCGGUUCUAGGGUGGUUCUCACAGACAGUGGACUAUGGUCUGAACGAGUCAAUGCCUCUAGUCACUAGACAGCUCCAGUACCUGUGGGGAGUGCCAGUGAUCCGGACACUUUUCAGUGAUGUUCUCAGUAAAAAGCUGGAGAGCCAGGAACCAGUGCCCCCGCCCUCUCAGCCAACCACAUCGCAGAACAACCUGCCAGUCAAGAACCUCUUCAAGCGAGCCUUCCAGAAGUCUGCCUCGGUGCGGAACAUCCUGAAACCUGUGGGAGGGAAGCGGGUGGACUCGGCAGAGGUGCAGAAAGUGUGCAGCAUCUGCGUGCUCUACCAGACUGCCCUGACCACCCUGACCCAGAUCAGACUGCAGAUCCUAACAGGAUUGACGUACCUGGAUGAUCUGCUCCCCAAGCUCUGGGCUUUCAUCUGUGAGCUGGGUCCCCAGGGAGGACUCAAGCUGUUCCUGGAGUGUUUGAACAAUGACACGGAUGAAUCCAAGCAGCUCCUGGCCAUGCUCAUGCUCUUCUGCGACUGCUCGCGUCACCUCAUCACGAUCCUGGAUGACAUUGAGGUGUACGAGGAGCAGAUCUCUUUUAAAACGGAGGAGCUGGUCACCAUUUCCUCCUUCCUCAACACUUUCGUGUACAAGAUGAUCUGGGAUGGGAUCCUGGAGAACGCCAAGGGUGAGAAGCUGGACCUGUUCCACAGCGUCCACGGCUGGCUGAUGGUGCUGUACGAACGGGAUUGUCGCAGGAGGUUCUCCCCUGACGAUCACUGGCUGCGCAAGGACCUGAAGCCAAGUCUUCUGUUUCAAGAGCUGGAGAAAGGCAAGAGGAGGGCCCAACUCCUGCUGCAGUACAUCCCACAUGUCAUUCCACACAAGAACAGGGUCCUGCUGUUCCGCAACAUUGUGACGAAGGAGAAGGAAACACUGGGAUUGGUGGAGACAAGCUCCGCCUCCCCUCAUGUCACUCACAUCACCAUCCGUCGCUCACGGAUGCUAGAGGAUGGCUACGACCAGUUGAGGAGACUGCCUGUCAACUCCAUUAAGGGCGUGAUCCGUGUGAAAUUCGUAAAUGACCUUGGGGUGGAUGAGGCAGGAAUUGACCAGGACGGCGUCUUCAAGGAGUUCCUUGAGGAGAUCAUCAAGAAGGUUUUCAACCCAGCACUCAAUCUCUUCAAGACCACCAGUGGGAAUGAAAGGCUGUACCCUUCCCCUACAUCCUACAUCCAUGAAAACCACCUGCAGCUCUUUGAGUUUGUGGGGAAGAUGCUGGGCAAGGCUAUGUAUGAGGGCAUUGUGGUUGAUGUGCCUUUCGCCUCCUUCUUCCUGAGUCAAGUCCUGGGCCACCACCACAGCACUUUCUACAGCUCCAUCGAUGAGCUGCCUUCCCUGGACUCUGAGUUCUACAAAAACCUCACCUCUAUCAAGCGCUAUGACGGGGAUGUCAGCGACCUUGGGCUGACCUUGUCGUACGAUGAAGAUGUCAUGGGGCAGUUGGUCUGCCAUGAGCUGAUUCCUGGGGGAAAGACCAUGCCUGUCACCAAUGAAAACAAGAUCAGCUAUAUCCACCUGAUGGCGCAUUUCCGCAUGCACACACAGAUCAAGGACCAGACCGCCGCAUUCAUCCGUGGCUUCCGCUGCAUCAUCAACCCAGAGUGGCUGCACAUGUUCUCCACCCCCGAGGUGCAGCGCCUCAUCUCCGGGGACAACGCUGAGAUAGACCUGGACGACCUCAAGAAACACACUGUGUAUUACGGAGGCUUCCACAGCAGCCAUCGUGUUAUCAUCUGGCUGUGGGAUAUCCUGUCCAAUGACUUCUCAGCUGAGGAAAGGGCCAUGUUCCUCAAGUUUGUCACCAGCUGCUCCCGGCCCCCCCUCCUUGGUUUUGCCUACCUCAAGCCCCCCUUCUCCAUCCGCUGCGUUGAGGUGUCAGAUGACCAGGACACAGGGGAUACACUGGGGAGCGUCCUUAGGGGCUUCUUCACCAUCAGGAAGAAGGAGCCGGGAGGCCGACUGCCCACCUCGUCCACCUGCUUCAACCUGCUCAAGCUGCCCAACUACAGCAAGAAGAGCAUCCUGCGCGACAAGCUCCGCUACGCCAUCAGCAUGAACACGGGCUUCGAGCUUUCCUAGCAAACCGCUCUGGGGCUCCGCCUCCAAAACACAUCCACACUGGAGCUCUGCCGCCCAAUGCUGCCUGCACACACUGAGGCUGCCUGGGACCUGAUCCCUCCAUCUGACUGCUGGAGCUGUCUGACGUUCCUGUGUCACAGUGGCUAACCCAUGGCAGACAUUUCAGUGUUUGGCUAGGCCAUUUUUUUUUUUUUAAAUUGAAUAGAGAAGUCUGUAUGAAGAUGACUCCUUACCCUCUCACUAACACUCCCUGACCAUAUCCCUUGUUAACCCUUGACAUAUAAUAUGUGUAAUUUAACUAAAUGCCUCAUAAAAUGGCUUCACCUCUAGUAUUUCUCAGGCAUAGGAACAACUGUUUUGAUCUCACUCAAUGUUAACUGAACUGGAAAGCAAUACAGAUGCAAGCCAUGAAACACUUAUUUGACAACCAUUGAAAAAAAACCAAGGAAUGAUCUGAGCUAUGGAUGGCAUACACGAUCAUAGCCACUUGUUUAAUCUGUAAUGACUCCGAAAGCCUUGCUAAACAUGAUGAAAGCACCUUUAAAAAAAGAUAAAUGUGUAUAAGAUAGUCAUCAGUUUUAUGGGAGUGGGGAAAUGGUAAUGUUGACAUCAUUGUCAGUUUAAAUAUCAUUGCCCCUAUGAGAUACCAUAUUAAAUCUUAAGUUGCUUCAGUCCAUCAUACCACUACAGUAACUUGAUUUCCAAUCCCAGAAAUCUAGUUAAGAUCACCGUCCUCUUAAAUGUUUCCACAGAGUAGUUGAGUAUAACACUAAUUCUUUCACAUCAAUGCAGAGGUGCUGGACGCUAGACAACUGCUGAGCAACAGCUACAUUUGUUUUACUCUUCAAAUUCUGUAUUUUAAUGGAUUCUUUCCAUGUUAAAGGCUUUUCAGUAUCUCCGGAUGCUGCUGUUGUAUGAUGCAGAAAAGAGAUGUUUUGUUUCCUUAAAUUGUUUGUAAAGUAUUUAACUUCUACUAGUAUCUCAACCAUGUACAUUUUUAUUCUUCCAUUUGUUUAUUAAUUUAGAGAAUGUCCUGUGCAUCCAAUUGUGGAUGUUACCUUCACUGUAAAUCUUAUUUUAUUUUUAAAGGUGUAUAUAAGCUGUAACUUGAGGUUUGCACUUGUGAGCCCCCAUUUUGUAACCGGGUUGCAGCUGCUCCAAAACCAUUGCAUAGUAAACAAAAAUAGAAAGCCAUCUCCUCAGAGCGAGGAUAGCUGGAAGAUUGAAUCUUCAUUUUCCCACCGCCCACUUGUUCUUUUAGACUUGCUUUUUAUCACAAUCGUGAAAUCAGUGCUGGUCCAGCAAACCAAGAACUGAAUCACUCCUUCCAUUGGAUUUGAACAAGCUUUGUUUACAUACCGCUUUGAAAACAUGUUUAUUGCUUUCUUCGUCCGCCCCCGCCAUGCUGUGAAGUCAAGAAGUGUCGCCUUGUCUCUCGGAAUCAAGCCAUAAAAUGGGGACAACCGAAUUCCAGCAGAGAUCAGCGCAGGCCCGAACGCCUUGAGCCACACACUCGAGAUGUUUGAGAUGCCCUGAAGACGGGGCAUGGGGAGGGAUGUGUCUGUGUCCUUUGUGACCGAGAGCACUGUUGUGUUCACCUGUGCUUUCAGGCUCGGAUUACAACCGUCCGGUUUGAAUGUGGGGAAACUAACUCCAUCACCCCACCACCACACAAUAUGGGGCGGCACGUGCUCCGAGCCUUUUUACCAACUCAGUCACUUGAAACUGAAAGCGAGGUCUUACUUUCCCUCCCAUUUUGACAAAAGAGAGUUUUCCAUUGGAUCAUGGCUGAUCUUUUUUAUGCGGAAAUCUGUUGAAUCAUGACAUGCAGAAUUUUACCUUUACAGGGUUAUAUGAUUAAGAAAAGGGAAACAAUGCAGUACAAUGUGUGCAGCCUUUGUUUGAAUUACUUUGGGAGACAUCAGUGUUAGUGAAGAUUGAGAAAAAAUAGCAAUAGCCUAUUUUUAGACUUUUGUAUUAUGCAAAACUGUCCUUCAGCUGUUUCAUCAAGAGUGUGUUUGUGCAUGUGGAACAGGCAAGGGGACAGUGCACAUCCCCAGCCCAGUUUUGGCCAUUAGGCAGUGCUCUGUUACACUUUUUGUGUCACUCUUGGAUAUUUUUCUAUUUUUUUCCCAUAUACAAUGUAACAUUGUUCAUGAUUUCAAGGUAGCGAUAAGAGCAAGGCUCAUGGGGGCUUUUAAGAGUACAGUUAAUUUGCACCCCUGGGAAUUUAAGUGUGUCUGAAACUGUAGGACUACACUUUACUGGUGACUCUAACUAACUAACAUGUAGAUAGGUGGGUGCCACUAAAUAAUGUCCCUUACAGCUUUUUAUUCUGUGAUGUACUGUUGUGUCCAUCCAUGAACUACCUAUAAACAUCAAUAUUUGACUUGUCAUCAAUGUGCAAAUGGCCAUCAGGAGUAUGAAUUACAUUAUUUAAAGAUCUUUGUAAUGUAUGCUGUAGAGUCAAGAGUCUUUCUGAGUGUGCGGAGGUGGCUUUGAAAUCACACAAGCGCAAAGAAUAUUGAGCAUUUAGUUAAGUCAGCCACAAUGAUUCUCAUGGAUAUCUGUGACAUUCUGUAAGGAAGGGCUUUGUUUUGUUUCCAGUGUCCCGAUCACGGCAAUUCUCUUGUGAUGCAGUCUCAAGGGCUUUGUGUGCUAUCGAAUUAAUUGAUGUCAUAUAGGUGGGAUGCCACUGGCGUUCUUCUCUUCCUUUUGCAACCGUUUGUGGGGAAAUAGCCAAGCAGGAAUACAAACAGUGACAGGCACAGAGAUGUACAGAGUGAGUGGUUCUCAAUUAUAAAUGGAGAUUGAGCUUGGCCUAGAGUGUUUGAUGAGCUUUCUCAUCAGUGUUAAAUGAUGUCAUAUAAUGUUACCCUGAUCUCCUUUGAAGAAAAAUCCAGGAAACGAUAGGCUACACACAACACACUUCUAAAGUACUGUCUCCCUCUCUACUUCUAAAGUGUCUUUGAAAAUGAAGAAAUUGGUUGCACUAUGUGAAAUGCUUAUUUGUUA